AUGCCGCCACGGAUAGUAUCGCCGCUGCAUGCUGCGACAUGCUGUAGCCGCGCCCUCCGCCCCUCCACGAACCCAACGAGCCUCGUCUCCCUCUUCGCUGGCCUGUCUAUCAGCACCCGCAAUGCCUCCAUCCUCGCCAGCCUGAGCGACAACAAGGGAGCUUACAACAAGCGCAUCAGACUCGGUCGUGGUCCUUCUGCCGGCAAGGGCAAGACGUCUGGAAGAGGUCACAAGGGUCAGGGACAGCAUGGCCACGUCAAGCCGUGGUUCCAAGGUGGUCAGACACCGUUGAUCGUGCAAAGGGGAACGAAGGGUUUCGACAACAAGCGCGCUCCCGUCAUGUCCAAAUUGAACCUCGACAAGCUCCAACAAUGGAUCGACGCCGGCCGCCUGGAUCCUACGAAGCAAAUCACCGUCAAGGAAAUCAUCGAGUCGGGCCUCAUCGGCAGCGUCAAGGACGGCAUCAAGCUCCUCGGCCGCGGCAAGACCGACCUCCGCCAGCCCAUCGACAUCAUGGUCUCGCGCGCCUCCGCCUCCGCCAUUGACGCCGUCGAGGGCAACGGCGGCAAGAUCCUCACCAGGUUCUAUACCAAGCAGUCCAUCAAGCGCCUCCUCCGAGGCGAGUCCCAGAACACGGAUAAGCCCCUGCCCGUCGGCAAGGAGUACGUCGAGAGCAUCCUCUCCGAGGCUCGCAAGAAGACGUUCCUCUACAGAUUGCCCGACCCCACGAGCCGUGAGGAUAUUGAGUACUACCGCGACCCCGCCCACCGCGGUUACUUGAGCCACUUGCUCAAGGAGGGCGAGUCGCCGUCUUUGUACUUCAAGGUGCCGCUUGCGAGAAAGCGCAUCGAGCACGCCGACAAGGAGUCGCGCAAGGAGACUAAGAAGGUUACCCGCGACAACACCCUUUGCUUCCUUCAAAUAGUCGGGCUCAUCGCCCUCGUCAGCGCGGCAUACAACCUCGCAUGGCCCUUCUUCCCCUUCCUCCGCAAAUCCAAACUCGACCGCUACCUCGUCCCCGUCCACGGCAAACCAGCCUGGGCCCUUGUCACCGGCGCAAGCGACGGCAUAGGCAAAGGUCUUGCCAACGAGCUGGCCCGGCGGGGCUUCAACGUCGUCCUCCACGGCCGCAACGACGUCAAGCUGGAAGAGGUGCGGCACAACCUCGCGCUCGCGAAUCCGGACAGGGAGUUUCGCAUCAUGGUUGGCGAUGCCGGGGUUCUCGGAGCCGGGCAGCAGCCGUGGGAUGUUAUGCUUGCGCCGCUGGAGAAUUUGAACCUGCGCGUGCUUGUCAACAAUGUCGGCGGCGGACCGGCGGAGCCGAUCAUGAGGAGGCUAGAUGAGUCGUCGAUGGAGGAGAUUGCGGCCAACGUGCACAUGAAUGCUCUGUUUCCAACGCUGCUCAACGCUAUACUGAUUCCGCGGUUCACUGCGUCGUCGGAACCCGCGCUGAUUAUCAAUGUCGGGUCACUAUCGGAUAACGGAUUACCGCUGCUGUCUUUUUAUAGCGGGAGCAAGGCGUAUCUCGGCGCCAUGUCGACGUCCAUGGCAAGGGAGCUGUCGAUGGACGGAUUCGAUGUCGAGGUCAUGGGCGUGCGGAUUGGGGCGGUGGCGACGAAGCCGGAGCUGAUGACGCCGCGGGUAUUCUGGCCUUCGGUUGAAGUUAUUGCGAAUGCCAUCUUGGACCGGGUCGGGUGCGGGAGGGCGGUGCUGAUUCCGUACUGGGGCCACGCGGUACAGAUGGCGUUUUUGGACCUGGUGCCUGCGACCUUGCAGGAUCCGUUGUAUAAGAGGAUUAUGGUGAAGAUGAGGUCUACGGAGAAGAAGAUGUUCAGCAAGGCGAAGUGA